AGUUUAAAAUGUUUUGGCAACACUAUGCCGAGUCUCGAACAGUGCACAAGAGGUAAACAUCGUAGAAUAAUACCAUGUAAGCGACAACUAAGCAUUAUAAAUUUAUAAAAUUAUUUACAAAGAUUUAUAAAUGUAUAAACACUCUGAAGAUGUGAAACUAUAAUUAAAUUUAUAUACAACAAGAAUAAAAUUACUGAAAGACCUGUUAUAUAUUUUGCAUACCGUGAUGGAUGCAAUGCUAUUUUUCGGUGCACUGGGAGCGUUAUAUUUGAUGCUUUUAUUUUUUGAUAAUUUUUUUAAGAGCUGUAUGCACUAUCCAUAUAUGGAGUUUUUAAAGAAGACUGGUAUAACAGUGCAUUUCAUGCACUUGCGUUGGCAUACGAUCGCGUUCAAUCGCACAAUGCUACGUUGCGGUAACAACGGAAACUCACGCAAUUUACUAAUAAAGUUUUUCACAGUUGGUGUUUUGUUUGCGCUCUCACUGCUGCCAAUUGGUUUAAUUUUGCUAAUUUUUGCUAUAUUUAGUGGUAAUAAUGACAGCAAAGCGGGUGACGUCGUCGGGAGUGGUGGUGGUUCACAGACUGUUACUGUAGAAAUACUUUUGCCAGGUGUUAAUUUGCCUUUAGAAGAGAUUGGUUUCUAUGUGACAACAUUGCUGUUAUCAACGAUUGUGCAUGAAUUAGGACAUGCCUUGGCGGCUGUGGCGGAAGAUGUGCAGGUGUUAGGUUUUGGUUUACAUUUAUAUUUUUGUUUGCCAAUGGCAUACACUGAAGUUUCGAAUGAACAACUGAAUGCAUUGAAAUGGUUUAAAAAAUUACGUAUAUUAUGUGGUGGUAUUUGGCACAAUUUCCUAUUUGCCGGCAUUUGCUAUUUGCUAUUCUCAACUUUAGGCCUAAUGACUGCACCACUUUAUACUUUAAAUAAAAAUGUCAUGGUCACUGAAGUAUUACAUAACUCACCUUUGCGUACCAAAGGUGGAGUUGGUUUAUCAGCUGGUAAUAUAAUAACACAUAUAAAUAAUUGCGAAGUGCGCAAUGAGGACACCUGGUUCAACUGCCUCGCAAAAAGUCUACGCAUAAAGCCCGGAUAUUGCGUUUCUUCCGAUUUUAUACGUCUCAACGAUGAAAGCAUCGAAAUUUCCCAUCAUGGUCCCGAUGGCAUGCUGCAAUGUUGUGAUGAUAAAAAUGCCAACCUAUGUUGUUUUGAAUAUGUGGAUGAUUUAAGUAAUGAUGCUCCGGUUGAAAUUCCACAGCAUGUUUGUUUGGAUGUGCGACGAACUAUUGAUGAAUCCUAUGACUACUGCGUUGCCGGUAAUUGUGAUCGUGGAUUUUGCAUACGUCCCUUAUUACGUAACACUACAACUAUUUUGAAUAUAAAACGCACUACAAUGGAGCACAAAAAAUUGCCGGAUGUUAACUAUAUGGGCCAUCCAGCAGAUGUAACGCGUUCUGUACGCAUAUCUUCCUUUGUACCGAAACAAAAAUAUGUAGGCUCUUAUUGGGGAGAUGCUUAUUCGUUAUUUCUUAAGUAUAACGUUGUCUUUAGCUUUGGUCUGGCGCUGGUCAAUGCCAUACCUUGCUUUGGUUUUGACGGCUAUCAUAUAACUAGCACAAUUAUUAAUAGUUUUCUAGUCAAUCGCGUAACUGAACGCCCGAAACGUGAUGUUAUCUCUUUAAUCGUUACCAGUAUUGGUACGUUGUUGUUCUCACUGGCAGUGCUUAAAGUUCUAUGGUUAAGCGUAUUACAAAAACUAUUUUAAGUUCUUCUUUAUGAGUGAGAAUAUAUACUACUUUGUUGAAGUUGAAAAAUUAUCAAAAUAUUUAAAAACCAAAAGGCAAGUUAACAUAAAAAUAAGCUGAGAUAUCACAAAAUAACGUACGUAGUUUAAAGCAGUAGUUAAGAGUUUAAUCAAAAUUGUAACGAUUGCUUCAAGUUUUUAUUACCUAAGAAAAUUUAUUUUAACACUUUUUUUUAUUUAUUAAAAGUAAAUUUGG